ACACUCGUUUUUUUUUUAGUGUAUUUGUGUUUAUUAUUAACGUUCGUUGGUAUAUCAAUUUAUAUUACUAUUAAUAUUUAAUCUAUUUAAAGAGAAUGGAUUUAAGUCUGAAAGGUUAAAUAAAUAAAAUAAUUUCCCAGGUACACUUUCGCGGUAACACUAUAGCAGCAGCGUGGACAUCCAAAGCUCAUAAAUAUAUCCAAAUGUGGACUUUUGUGAUCGUUUAAUGUUUGUUUUUUCUCAGCCGAAUCGUUAUAUAACUCGAUAUUAGUCUAACACAUAACUUUGGGCGUAAACUUUAAUUAAUUUAAAGAAGAAAGCGACUAUUUUUGGUUUAAGUACGACAUUUUCCCGGUACAGUUUCGCAGCACCAACGUAUCCGGAGCGCGAAUAAGUUUGAACAUUUUAACGGUCGAAAAAAUCUCCAAAUGUGAUCGUUUAACGUUUAUUUUUCUCAGCCGUAUCGUUAAUUAAGUUGGUAUUACUCUAAAAUGUACGUGGGACACGUAUUUUGAAUUAUUUUAAGAAAGAAACGACUAAAUCUUCUUUAAUACACCAUUUUUUCAGUACAGUUUCGCGGUAACCAUAGCAGCAACGUGUCCAGAGAGUAAGACGUUUGGACAUUUAACGGUUGUAAAUAUAUCCAAAUGAGGACUUUUGUGGUGGUUCAAGGUUUGUUUUUUCUCAGCCGUGUCGUUAUUUAACUCGGUAUUAGCCUAAAAAAUAACUUCGGGCUUUAACUUUGAUUACUUUAAAGAAGAAAGCGACUAUUUUGGUUUAAAUACAACAUUUUCCCGGUACAGUUUCGCCACAGCGUGAAGAAAUUUGAACAUUUAACGGUCGUAAAUAUCUCCAAACGUGGUAGCUUAACGUCUUUUUUCCAGCCGUUUGGUUAACUAAGCUGGUAUAAGUCUAAAAUGUAAACGGAACACGUAUUUUGAAUUAUUUUAAGAAAAAAGCGACUAUUAUCUUCUUAAAUACACCAUUUUCUCAGUACAGUUUCGUGGUAACCAUAGCAGCAACGUAUCCGGAGAGUUUGGACAUUUAACGGUUGUGAAUAUUUUUUUUUCGUCUUAUGUAAAAAAAAUAUAUAUAGUUGAUAACUUUAGCAUCUUUUUUUAUAUAUCACAGCACAUAAUUUGGCAAAUUUAAAUAAGAAAUUCGGAAAAAAUAACAAUAAAAAAAUAAUUCCCCAGGUACAGUUUCGCGGCAUUGGCAUUUGGUAACCAUAGCAACAGCAGAUCUGAAGCUCAAGGAGAACUUUCAAAAGUUAACGGUCGUAGAUAUCUCCAAAUUAUUGAUUUUGUGGUCUAUUACCGUCUUCUUUUUUGUCAACCCUAUCGUUAAUUAAGUUGGUAUAAGUCUAAAAUGUAAAUAAGACACGUACUUUGAAUUAUUUUAAGAAAAAAGCGACUAUAUCUUCAUAAAUACACCAUUUUCUCAGUACAGUUUCGCGGUAACCCUAGCAGCAAUGUAUCUUGAGAGACCUUCGGAUAUUUAAAGGUUGUAAAUAUUAUUUUUUUCGUGUUAUGUUAAAAUAUUGUCGAUAACUAAUCUUAUUUUUUUAUAUCACAGCACAUAAAUUGGCAACUUUAAAUAAGAGAUUCAGAAAAAUAAAAAAAUAACGUAAUUUCCCAGGUACAGUUUGGCGGCAUUGGCAUUUGGUAACCAUAGCAACAGCAGAUCUGAAGCGCGAGGAGAACUUUCAAAAGUUAAUGGUCGUAGAUGUCUCCAAAUUAUUGAUUUUGUGGUCUAUUACCGUCUUUUUUUUGUCAACCGUAUCGUUAAUUAAGUUGGUAUAAGUCUAAAAUGUAAAUAAGACACGUACUUUGAAUUAUUUUAAGAAAAAAGCGACUAUAUCUUCUUAAAUACACCAUUUUCUCAGUACAGUUUUGCGGUAACCAUAGCACAAAUGUAUCUUGAGAAACCUUCGGACAUUUAAAGGUUGUAAAUAUUAUUUUUUUCGUCUUAUGUUAAAAUAUUGUUGAUAACUAAUCUUAUUUUUUAUAUCACAGCACAUAAAGUGGCAACUUUAAAUAAGAGAUUCAGAAAAAUAAAAAAUAAAACGUCAUUUCCCAGGUACAGUUUGGCGGCAUUGGCAUUUGGUAACCAUAGCAACAGCAGAUCUGAAGCGCGAGGAGAACUUUCAAAAGUUAACGGUUGUAGAUAUCUCCAAAUGAUUGAUUGUGUGGUCGUUUAACGUCUUUUUUUGGUCAACCGUGUAGUUAAUUAAGUCAGUAUUAGUUUAAAACGUUUAUCUGGACACUUCCAUUAUUUGAGGAAGAAAGCAACUAACUCUUUUUAAAUACCACAUUUUUACAAAUAACACAAGUUUGGAUAUUUAACGGUCAAAACAACUAAAAAUGUGCAAUUUUGUGGUCGUUUAACGUCUUUUUUGGUCAACCGUAUCAUUAUUUAAGUUGGUAUUAGUCUCAAACAUUUCUGGGGCUCUACUUUAACAACCCAGCAAGCCGGUGACUAGUAAAAGAUUUGAAAGUUGGCACAAAAAUACAAAUGUCUGAGCCAAAAAACUCCAACAGUUCGUCUCCAAGAACAGAAGAAACACGUUUUACGCCAGAUAUUUUGGUUUCUGAGAGGGAUGGAAGUUUCUUCCGGUCUCUGGAGGAGUUUCUGGAGCAGGAGAAACGGUACCUGCGGUGUCCGGAGGAGGGACCGGACGAGCUCCGGUACACCAUCUACCGCCACGUGUUUAAUAAGGUGAUUGGACGAGCAACAGCCUAUAAGAAACUUCUGCUGACUAUAAAUGCAGAGUAUGAUGAUGUAAUCAGGGCGCUGCAGAGGAGGGAGGAUCAGGUCAGGGCGGCGCAACGAACUCUGACAGCGUCGACGUCACACCCAAAGUCACUGAUGACCUGCCAGAGACGAGCCGCAUGCCUGAGGGAGAGAAUCAGCGUCCUUCGGAGGGAAACAGCUGAACUUCAAGAGGAGAUGAAGAGACAGAAAUCCUCAGAGGAGCAGAGCUCAUGGAUACCUGGUCUGACAGUGGCUGAGUCAGAGGAUCCAGAAGCUCUGGACAGACACCUGAAGCACCUUGAAGCCCAGAGAGCUGCUCUCCUGGACGGGACGAGUCGAUGCGUCUCUCUGGAGGUCAAAGCUGAGCUGGACGCUGAGCUGCAGGCCGCCGAGCACCACAGAGACCAGCUGAGCACCAAGAACCACCGCCUGAAAGUCCUAUACAAGCGUCAGAGGUCCGUGUCCGACCGCCUGUCAAGCUGGGAGGAAGAGAAGCAGCAGGUUCCUCUGGAGGAUCUCCUGGGUUUCAUACUGGAGAACGUCAGACAGACCAGCGCUUUGGACGAUGACGCCCGCAGCAUCGACGCCGAGCUGUUUGAGCACGAAGAGCCGACCGGAGUGGACGAGUCCAAACUCCUGGCAGACCACCUGGACAGGUUCAUGAAGCUCUUUGAUUCAGCUCAGUAUGAAGAAGCUGCUCUGCUCGCUGCCAGAUCUCCUCGAGGAGUCCUGAGGAACCUCGACACCAUGGAGAUGUUUAAAGGUGUGAAGGGCCCCCGGGGGUCUCUCCCCCCUCUCCUCCUCUUCCUCCAGGCUCUGCUGACCACCGUCCCGUCCGGCGAGGAGCUGCCGGCCGACCUCUCCCUGCAGCUCGUCCUCUCCGCCCUGCAGCACGGCAACACGCAGCUCGUGGCCCACGCCGUCAACAACAACAAGCUGACCUUCUCCGAGGAGGUGGGCGACCUCCUGACUGAGCACGCUCAGAAGAACCGCGGCGCGUCUGCCGUGUGUCUGGCGUCGGCCACCGCCGUCUACGAGGCCUGCAGGCUGGGCAGGAAGACCGCACUGAGCAUGUGCAGGAGAGGCUUGAUCCACAGCGCCGCCACGCUCAUCAGCCACAGACACCUCACUGCUGAGGACUGUCUGUGGGUUCUGUGUCUCUCGCCCAGCCUCUCCCUCCUCCAGCUGCUGACGGAGCCUCAGCAGGGCGUGGCGCCCGUCCUGUCGGUGGGCGUGGCCUGUUCCUCUCUGCUGGCCGACCCCCAGCAGGGGCCGCUCGCUCUGCAGCUCCUGGACGGCUUCAUGAGCAGAGGACCAGGGGUUUUGGAGGAGGCGAUCCUGCAGGACAGCAGCUCCUCGGUGGAGGUCUGGACCAGCGUGGCGUCUCUGUGCUCUGAGCUGGACCGGGCCGACCUGAGCCGGGCCGUGCUGGCCGUCCUGCUGGACCAGAGCGGGACCCGGGUCCUGUCCCCGGACCUGCAGGGAGCCCGCCUCAUGGAGCACGUCUUCCUGUGAGAAAUACUGAACCUGAAAGGUAGAAAAACCACAAAACCACCAACAUCAGCAGCAGGAGUUCUGGUUGUUGGAUUCUUUAAGGACUCUUUAACUUUCUGUGAUUAAAACAGAAGAAUUUCAUGUUUUUCCUGAUUUUUAAAAGAUAAAUUAUUACUGAUUCUCACCACCACAGUGUCCUUUACAUUCCUCGAGAUAACAAAAAUGCUUAAAUAUAAUAAUUCAAUUGUAAAUCUUAAGUUAGUUCGGGUAGCAUAUUCAGGUGAUUGUAUGUUAAUAUGGGGCAAUAUAAAUAAAAAAUAAAAGCCUUAAAUUUAUGUGAAAAAAUGUGGAUAUUCUCUGAGAUGUAACUGGCAAAAUUGACAAGAAAAAGUAAAAAUAUCUGAGAUUAUAAAGUUACAAAUCAAGAGAAUUUUUUUUUUUAAAUUCUAAAUUUCAUCCUGUGCAAAAGUCGGUUUUAAUGACAAGAAGUCAAAGAUUAUUUUUAUUAUUUCAGGGACCAAUUUGUGCACAAAACGGUCCUGAUAUGAGUUUAACUGUUGUGCUGAACGUUUGCUCUGUUUCCUGAAGUUAAACCAUGUUUAUAUUCUUUACUCUCCAACGUCAGAAUCUCUGUCUGAUUCAAAUGAACUUAAUAAGACUGAACUUUGUUGUGUUUUGUAACCAGACACACAAAAGUAGAAUGACACAAUAAAAAGAAACACUUUAUUUGA